AUGGCUCGCACUUAUGAGUUCAAUGUCUUCAUGUCCUGCGGAGGCAAGUUCACUAUCCCUAAAUCUCUUCCGAAGUUUGUUAGCCUCUUUCUAACACGACAUGUAUUGUAUCUAGGUUGCGCCUCUGCCGUUAAGCGUGCGGUUGACCGCAUACCCGAGGUGAUCUCAAUUGAGAUCUCAGUAGCCGAUCAAACUGUAACGGUCGUCACUACGGAUGGUGUGACACUUGAGACCGUUUCCGAAGCAAUAAAAAGAUCUGGCAAAGAUCUCAAGUCCAGCAAAGUUGUUGAAGAAGCGCAUGAGAGCUGA